GGGGGGCAACGGCAUACACGUCAAACUACAGCAGGCUACAUGUCGGCCAGAUAAGCCGAGUACUGUACAGGGCCUGUCAGAAAUAGUCAGGCCUUGUAUGCAUGGCCGAAAACAAUGAGAGAAGCACUCCGAAACGCAGAGGAGCGGCAACAUCUAGAGAGCCAGAAAAGGAAAGACAAGAGAAGGAACAGGUCCACAUUUGGCCCCUCUUCCCAGUCUCUUUUCCUCUCAGGAAACACAUCCUGUUGCUGGUCGACUGUGGUGGCUAACGUGUUUGUUGCACACAAGAGAGGACUUCAAGUGAACGCCCCCCCCCUCACCUCCGCCCGGGCUGCAGACAAAAGAAUACACAACAGUGACGUCCGAAAGAAGGGAGGGGGUUGGGGGUCUUUUAGGACAUUCGAGUCACACCAAAACCUUAGCAUGUGCGCACACUUAAAGCAACUGCGAAGGAGGGAGCUGUCCGGUUAUGACUUGCUGCGGUUGCACACUGACCAUCUGCAAGAAAUCAACUCGAAUCUUAUAGAAUUUGCUGUGAGGGACACAGAAGGGGCAACGUUGGAAGGAAGCAGAGCGAGGUGGUUUUUGGGAAACUUUUUGUUGUCGGCGGUGGAGAGACUUUUUGCAACAAUACGUGAGACUCUAACUUCCUUGUGGACUCUGCACACAAAAAAGUCAAGGGACGCGGGAACCAACAUCCAAGAGUCAAGCUGCAGCCAUCUGGAGCCAGUGGAAUGGACCUCGGCGUCUGUCGGAUUGAUGCGUGCAUUCAUACGGUGCUGUCAGAAGAGGAAGGCUGAGGAGUUCCUGUCUCGCGAAUGAGGAUGAACGGAGAUGUUCUUUAGCUAAACGUCACGACAAUCCCUUCGGCUUUUCUUCGUUUGUAUAACUUGCAAGUGAUCCGCUGGAAGGGGAGGCGGCGGCAGCUGUGGAGGAGGCGGUUGACAGGAACCACGGGGCCCGCGGAGCUUCUCCGGAGGACAGGCGAGGGAGCAGGCAGGACCCGGAGGAAGAACGAGGGUCUGAACCCGCCGAGGGAGAGGGCGGGGGAGGAGGGGUGGCGGUCACCGGGUGUCAUAUGGCCGUGCAGAGGCUCGUGGCUGCGGCGGUCGCGGUCGCACUGCUGUCCCUGGUCCUAAACAAUGUGGCCGCCUUCACUCCUAGCUGGGUCCUGCAAGCACUGGAAGACGGGCGCAAGAGGAGCGUGGGACUGUGGAAGAUGUGCCCCAGCGGAGGGGAGAGGGGUCGGGAUGAGCUCCAGGCGGGACGGAGGGCUCAGGUGGCACAGAGGCAAUGUGAAAGUCUGGGAUGGGGCUCCGAGUAUGCUGGCUAUCAAGAAUCCCGCAGCACUGUAAAAUUGCAGUUCGACAUGAUGCGGGCGUGUAACCUGAUUGCGACCGUGGCCCUGACGGCCGGUCAACUGAUCUUCCUCCUCGGCCUGAUGGAGCUGCCCUUCAUCACGCCAGAAUCUCAGUGGUGGGAGGAGGCCAUUGCUGCACUCUUCCAGCUAGCCAGUUUUGUGCUGGUGAUCGGACUUGUGACGUUCUACAGGAUCGGGCCCUACACUCAUCUGUCCUACUCCUGUUACGUGAACAUAGCGGCGUGCCUGCUGGCGACCACGGCGGCGGCCAUGCUCAUAUGGAACAUUUUACACCGCCGUGACGAUUGCCUGGCGCCGCGGGUCAUCAUCAUCAGUCGCUCACUGACGUCCCCUUUCCACCCGCGUCUGGACAACGAUUACGUGGAUUCGCCGUGUUGAGCAGAAAAUCCCCCCCGGACAGGACUGCUCAAACUCAUUAACCUGUUUUCCCAUGGCUCAACAUACAUCCGCCUGCAUGUUUUAAGUUUUGUAACCCAUCACUUUUGGACGUCACAUCACCAAGUAAAUAUUUCCUUUUGAGAGAGAUAAAGAGUCUGAUUUAUUGGUGGCUACACACUGUGCUACACUUGGACCAGGACACUCUGUGACGCUUAACAUCCUGCCAAGCAGAAGAUCAAGCUGGACCUUGAUUGUUAUAUGUGCACUUACUCAAAAGUCCUCUGGCAUUACGAUGAUUUAGAGUUGUGAAAGAAUGGAUAUAAAGCAUAAUAACAGAAUACCUCAUUGGUUUUUUUUCUCUUCCUGUACAUUUUACAGCAUAUCUAAAUGUAAUGCUGAUAUAUAUUUGUAGGUCAGGACAUUGUAGUUAGCCUAGCAAGGUUUCUGAAUGGGUCAAGGCAAUAUUUAAUAGGAAACUCAUAUUUUAAUGCAAAAGGGGAUAGUUACUCCAAGCAUAAUGACGACACGCGCUUCUCCAUAAAAAGCAGGCAACAGCGGAAACACACGUCAACACUUUUUGCAAUCCAUGUAAUCCACUUCGAAGUCUUCUUGUUUGUGGUACAUCUGUAUAUUAAUUUAACAUUAGUCAACUCCAAUCAACACAGUGCUCUCAUAGGGUGUCGUAAUAUUUGAGAUUAUAAAUAUCAUGCAUCUGUAAAGAACCCUUGUGGAUAUUUCAAACAUAACGGGGGUUAAUGAAUACAAAUAUUAUUUGAUAACUACAAUAAAUUUUAAAGUCAA